AUGUUCAACUUCAACAAACGUAAGCUCCCAAGUCGCCGUCUGGCUAACCGGUGGCUCAUUGAAUUCUCCCCCCACUCCAUCGCCCUCACGCUCACCCUCUCUUUCACGUUCACGUUCACGUUCACGCUCUCCCUCUCCUUCACGUUCGCGUUCUCCCUCUCCUUCACGUUCACGCUCUCCUCCUCCUUUGAACUUGCAGUCCUCAUUCCAGUCGCCCUCGCAUAUUCCACUUCACUCACCCUCCCCUGCACUCCCUCACUCUCCAUUAUUCUUUCCAAGCUCGUCUCCUACACCCAGUCACUAUUCCCCAUCCUCAUCAUCCAGCUCGUCAUCCUUCGCAAGUCCUCCUCUGCAAGGGCUAGCCCCCUCCCCGGCUCUGACGACUUCUCCCUCGGUCAUUCCCCACCACCUCAAGAUGAAGACCACCCAGAUUUCAGCAACGAGGACCCGUCGGUUGGAGAUGCCAUCAAGGUGGGAUGCCUCACGAGGUAUUUUCAUAAAUUCCUGACAGGCCGGAAAUGUAACGAGUGCGGUGACUUCCUCUCCCCUGGAGAGCCUCCUCCCCCUUCUCCCCCUCGCAACCCCGAUGACUGGUCGCCGUUUGGAUCCCGCCUGGCCUUCGAGACAGCGGACUUCUUCUUCCGACGCAACCAGAUGUCUGCCAGGCACAUUGACUUCAUGUGCCGGCUGUGGGGCAUCUCCCUGGUGAAGCACAAGGAUCAAGCACCCUUUCGUGACCACAAGCACCUCUACGACACCAUCGACGACGUGAAGGUUGGGGAUAUUCCAUGGCAAUCCUUCUCUAUCAACUACGGCGGUGCGAGGCCCCCCCGAAGUGUACCACCAUGGAUGGAUGCAAAGUAUGACGUGUGGUUCCGUGAUCCUCUGGAGGUCGUCAAGAAUAUCCUCGCCCGCCCGGACUUCAAGGAUCAGAUGGAUUACUCGCCCCACCGUGACUACGACAGCAACGGUGUCCGGCAAUAUGAAAACCUUUUCUCAGGCGAUUGGGCCUGGGAGCAAGCGGAUGAGAUUGCACAAGACCCUGCAACGCAUGGAUCAACAUUUGUCCCGGUCAUCCUCGGAAGCGACAAAACAACAGUUUCGGUGGCAACCGGCCUGACCGAGUAUUAUCCCCUAUACCUCUCCAUCGGCAACGUUCACAACAACACACGGCGGGCACGCCGUAACGCUGUUGUCCUCAUUGGUUUCCUGGCCAUCCCAAAAACCAACAAGACCUUUAGUGCUGAUCCGAAGUUCCGACAGUUCCGACGUCAGCUCUUUCACGCGUCACUCUCAGCGAUUCUCCAAGUCCUGAAGCCCGGCAUGUCGCAGCCACAAGUCUUGAAAUUUGGGGACGGCUACUUCCGACGCGUCAUCUUUGGUAUCGGCCCGUACAUCGCAGACUACCCGGAGCAGGUUUUGUUGACAGGAAUUGUCCAGGGAUGGUGCCCCCGUUGCCUCGCAUUUCCUGACGAUCUCGACAGUGGAGCACCGCAACGGUGUCGGCAACAUAAUGAAGCGCUCGUGGAGACACUGCCAUCGGACGUCUUGUGGGAUGAGUAUGGCAUCAUCGCCGAUGUUGUUCCAUUCACCAAUGAUUUUCCCCGUGCCGACAUCCAUGACCUUAUUGCCCCCGACAUACUGCACCAGCUCGUCAAGGGAACCUUUAAGGAUCACCUUGUCGACUGGGUCGAGCAGUACCUGCACAAGGUCCACCCCAAAGCAGAAGCCCUUCGAAUAUUGGAUGAUAUUGACCGACGUAUAGCCGCAGCGCCUCCCUUCGCCGGCCUUCGCCGGUUCCCUCAAGGCCGAGGAUUCAAGCAAUGGACCGGCGACGAUUCAAAGGCCCUCAUGAAAGUCUACUUGCCCGCCAUUGAAGCCCACGUCCCCCCCAACGUUGUCCGCGCAUUCCGCGCAUUUCUGGAAUUCACCUACAUUGUCCGGCGAAACGUUAUCACUGAAGACGACUUUGCCAUCCUUGACGACUGCGUCGAACGAUUCCAUCGAUACCGCCAAAUCUUUGUUGAGUGCGGCGUCAACAUCUCGCUGUCUCUUCCCCGCCAACACUCCCUGCCCCAUUACAAGUACCUUAUCCGACGUUUUGGCGCCCCAAACGGGCUGUGCUCGUCAAUCACGGAAUCAAAACACAUUGAGGCCGUAAAGGAUCCAUGGCGGCGGUCGAGUCGGUUCAACGCGCUUGGUCAGAUGCUGCGCACCAACUCCCGUCUCGACAAACUCGCAGCAUGCCGCGUUGAUUUUGAUGCCAGAGGAAUGCUGGCGGACGAUCUGCUAGAUGAAGAGCUUGGUUUAGACGAGCAGUUUCUUGAGGUUGUCGACCACAUGCCCGAUAACGAACUCCUUGCCAUGGGCUAUCAUCCCAACAAUCUCCGAAACCGCGAAGCUCAAUCCAAGUCCGUUGCUGCUGACUCUAAUGACGAACUCGCGUUGGACGGAUCAAGGAGGGUUCGCGUUGUCGGGAAGAUUGAUGGGAAGGAAUUGAUGGCGGAGGUGAAGUUAGCAAAAUCGAGAGCACGGAAACGCCCUCGCACGCUUCCUAACCUUGCCAAGGAGGUUCGCGAGCCGCAGCUGGUCGAGCAAACCCAACGAUUCCUAUUCACCAUGCUUCACGGCAACGACCCUCGACUCAAGUACAACGUCUUUGUUCCCCUCCACGAGUGCCCCCUGCCUCCAGCAAAGAUCACUGUCGUUAAUUCGGCAGUGUCAACCUUCCGUGCACCAAGCGACAACUGCGGGACUGGCGGCCUGAAGCGUGAACGCAUUCGUUCUACGGCUUCUUGGCGUAAUGAAGCGCCACGCUACGACUGCGUUUUCGUCUUGACUGACGAAACUCGGCCCGGGACGCUUGCUAUGGACGUCGUGCGUGUCCUCGCGCUGUUCAAGUUCGAGAUCGGAAAGGUGGUUUACGAAUGCGCCCUCGUCCACUGGUUCGAAUACUAUAGUGACGAACGCGACGAGGAUACCGGCAUGUACAUCGUCCGCCCGAAGUUCAAAGGUAAUACCCGUGAUGUCUCCGUGAUUGACGUCGAUACGAUCGUCAGAGCUGCUCAUCUGAUACCUGUAUUUGGUAAACAUACAGUUCCAGAGGAUUUCAAGUGCCAUCAGACCUACGAUACGUACGAUGCAUUCUACAUUAAUCGUUUCAUUGAUCACCAUGCAUUCGAGCUUGCUUGA